AUGUUCAUUGGAUACUUCACCGAACGGCCGUACCAGGAUCCCAAAUCCGGGUAUUUCGGGGCCACCGGAAAACCGAUCAUGGACCUGGACGUCAGCAACGAUAUCUACGAUGCCCAGUUGGGGGCGCACCUCUACAACCGCUAUCUCGACGAGAAAAUCUACGCCGAGGAGAUGGGUUUUGACGGCCUGAUGCUCAACGAGCACCACAGCACGCCGUUCUGCAUGGGCGGGGCUAUGAACGUGGAAGCCUCCAUUCUCGCCCGCAUUACUCAAAGGGCCAAGAUAGUGCUGCUGGGCAACAUCAUCCCCAUUUGGGAUGACCCCCUUUGGCUGGUAGAACAGCUCUCCAUGAUUGACAUGAUCUCUCGCGGGAGGCUGGUAUCCGGAUGGGUGCGCGGCACUGGCCGGGAGAGCGUGGCACACAACGUCGAGCCUCAUUACAACUGGGAGCGGUUCAAGGAGGCCCACGAACUGAUUGUUAAGGCCUGGACGACGCCCGGCCCCUUCCGCUGGGAAGGCAAGCACUACCAGUUCCGCCACGUCAAUCCCUGGGUGAAGCCAUACCAGAAGCCUCAUCCCCCGAUUUGGCUACCGGGCGUGGUCAGUCGCGAUUCCCUGAUGUGGGCGGCAGAACAGCGUAUCCCCUACAUCAUGCUGGCAACCGAGAUGGAGCCCACCAAACAGGCUUUCCAGCUUUACCACGACACCGCGGCAGAGUUGGGUUAUGAGUCUGGCCCGCAGAACAUUGGGUACCUCUGGAAAGUCCACGUGGACGAGACGGAGGAGCUGGCUGAGGCCACUGCCCGGAAGUACGUGCAGGGACCCAGCAACCCCUUCCUGGCCGGCAACGAAGGCACCGUUAACCCAGCGCUGCUCAGCCUGCCUGGGCUGACUUCGCGCCGGCGGGUGCUGCCGACGCAGGCUGUGGCGACCCAGGCCCGGGGCGGAAACGCCGGUCCCGGCGGCGUCCUGGGGCGGCCAUACGAGCAGCAGAUCGAGGACUACACCAUCAUCUCCGGUACGCCCGACAGCGUGAUACCAAAGAUUCGCCACGUGCUGGAAACCAUCCGCCCCGGCAGCAUUUUCUUCUGGGACGGCGACGGCGCGAUGACCCACGACGACGCCAUGCGAAGUCUGCGGCUUAUGGGACAGGAAGUCCUGCCUGCGGUCCGCGAAAUUGCGGACGAGCUGGAAUUGCCCGGGCCUUUCGAAGUCGAUCCCGCCACCGGGAAUCCCUACGUGGCUGACCCGCCAGUAAUGAUUCCGACCGGAGACGGUUACACGAACCCAUAA